AUGAUUAGAACAGUGAAACCAAAGAAUGCAAGAGCUAAGAGAGCUCUAGAGAAGAAAGAAGCCAAGAUUGUGGAGAAUGUUAAACAAGCACUUUUCAUUCCAGGCCAAACCUCUAACAAAGUUUUACAUGAUGUUAUGGUGGAUUUGAGUUCGUUGAAGAAACCAAACAUGAAGAGAUUCAAUAAGAAAAACAAUAUUAGACCUUUUGAAGAUGCAUCUAAUUUGGAAUUUUUAAGUGAAAAGAACGACUGCUCUUUAAUGGUUUUAAGUUCAAGCUCUAAGAAACGUAAGAAUAACUUAACUUUUAUUCGUACUUUUGGUUAUAAGAUCUAUGAUAUGAUUGAAUUACAAAUUGCAGAAAAUUUUAAAUUAUUAUCAGAUUUCCGUAAGGAAACUUUUACCGUUGGAUUAAAGCCAAUGAUGAUAUUUCAAGGUAGUGCCUUUGAUACUGAUCCAGUAUUCAUGCAUGUAAAAUCUUUAUUUAUGGAUUUCUUUAGAGGUGAAGUUACUACUUUACAAGAUGUCUCUGGUUUACAACAUAUUAUUUCAGUUACCAUUGCUGGUGAUUACCAAGACGGUGAACCAUUACCAAAUGUAUUAUUCAGAGUCUACAAGUUAAAGACUUACAGAAGUGAACAAGGUGGCCGUAAAUUGCCAAGAGUCGAAUUAAAUGAAACUGGUCCACGUUUAGAUUUUAAAAUAGGUAGAAUUCAAACUCCAACGCCUGAUAUGGUUAAAGAAGCUAUGAAGAGACCAAAACAAUUGGAUAUCAAGAUGAAGAAGAAUGUUGAACUAGAUUCCAUGGGUGAUAAAUUCGGUAGAAUCCACAUGGGUAAACAAGAAUUACAAAACUUACAAACAAGAAAGAUGAAGGGUUUGAAGUCUAAAUUCGAUCAAACUGGUGCAGACGAAAGUGACAACGAAAUUGCCAAUGAUGAUGAUGAUGACGAAAGUUUCGUUACCGCAGACGAUAUCGAACCAGCUACUAAGAAACAAAAGCACUAA